CAGCCCCGUUACGAGCCAGCGAACAGAGUGAUCGUUAGGGCCCGGGAGCGGCGUUCGGAGGCCCCGACACCGGCAAGGUUCCGGCCGUUGGAGGCGGCCGAGCUCGAGCGAAGGACGUCCUAGGGAUGCUGGGUCUGGGGGGGGGAAGGUCGGAGCGCGGGGAACGGAGCCAGGUUGGCUGGAAAAAAGGCAUUGGGCCGCGGGAGAGAGAGGGAGGGGGCGAGGAGAGGAGGAGCCCCCCGGGCCAUCGGGCCCUUCCCCUGUCGGCGCCGCCCAAGGGCCGCUCGCAGCCGAGGCCCGAGCCCCGCGGGGCCCGGAGUCGUGGGCGGGCUACCGGUGGGGACCCCGGGGCGAGCGGACGAGGAAGGUGGACCGACGAUCGAAGGCGAGGGCCGUGCCGACGGCGCCCCCUGCCGGCCGGGCCGCGGCCCUCGCCCGGCCUCCCGAAGUCCCGACUUCAUUGGAUCGCCCCAAGGUCACUGGGCUCGAGAAGAAGGGAAGGAAUGGGCCUGGCUGGCGAAAGAGGACGAUGCCAGAGCUACUUCUCCAAUCUCUCUCGCUUAUCCCCAGGACGGAGAUUAAGGAGUGCCGUGGUCCAGAAUCCUGACUUGGGGCGUUUCUCCUCCCGGAAGAAGUCAAAUGAGACACAAAGACGCCCAUCCGCAAAAAAAAUCCAGAGCUUCUAAGAAUUGGAAGAGACUGGUCGCUUCUAUUUCUGCGAGAACUGAUAGUAAAGCAUUCACACCCAGAAGACUCUGUAACAGACAGCGCCUGAGGCCACUGUAUCCAUACAUCAACUAUCAUAUCCCUGAGCUGAACCAGGCUGUGAAAGGAGAGGUAGCUGAGAUCGAUCCAGAUCUGAUCCCAGUGAAGGCUGUAGGAUACCGGGUGGAGGCCAGCCGGCUGCAGUUCAGUUGUGCGGAGGCUGGCAGAAUGCAACCCAACAGUGUGGCGGCCAGGCAAGUGCAGGCCAGAAAUCUGCAAGACAGCAGGGUGGAGCUCAGAAGUGUGGAGCCCAGCAUGUUGCCGUUCGGAAGAGUGGAGCUUGGUGCGGUGGAGCUCAGAAGUGUGCAACCCAGUGUGUUGGAGCUCAGAAGAGCGCAGCCUAGUGGGAUUGAGUUCAGAAGAGAGGAGCCCAGUGACUCGGAGCUCAGAACAGUAGAACCCAGUGGCUUGGAGUUCAGAAGAGUGGACCCCAGUGGGUUAGAGGUCAGAAGAGGGGAGCCCAGUGGGUUGGAACUCAGAAGAGUGGACUGCAGUGGGUUAGAGCUCAAAAGAGUGGAGCCCAGUGGUUUGGAGCUCAGAAGAGUGGAGCCCAGUGGGUUGAGGCUCAGAAGAGAGGAGCCCAGUGACUUGGAUCUCAGAAGCGUGGAUCUUAGUGGCUUGGAGCUCAGAAAAGUGGUGCCCAAUGGGCUGCAGCUCAAAAGAGUGGAACCCAGUGGAUUGGAGUUCAGAAGAGUGGAGCCCAUUGGAUUGGAGUUCAGAAGAGUGGAGCCCAUUGGAUUGGAGUUCAGAAGAGUGGAACCCAGUGGAUUGGAGUUCAGAAGAGUGGAGCCCAGUAGGAUGGAGGUCAGAAGAAUGCAGCCCAGUAAGGUGGAGUUCAGAAAAGUGCAGCCCAGUGGGACUGAGCCCAGCCAAGUGAAAUCUAGCAGAAUAAAGCCCGUCAGAGUGGAACAAAGGAGGGCGAAGCUCCCUACGCUUUCCCUGGCAGACAAGAAAAAAAAGGAGCCAAAGCCCAUCAUCAACGUCCCUGGGAGAAUCCAGCCCAUCCCAGAGUUGGACGAAUCCACCCAAGAGAAGAUUAACAAGAUGCUCAGCGUGUGUGUGUCACACCUGGUGCCGCCUCUCUCCCCACCAUCUGAGUGACGACCCUAGUGUGGGCCGGGCCUCAGCUUCUGCCAGAACAUCCUGCCUCAUCCCAAGAUCCCCUUGACUUUUUGCCGCAUAAAACUGAUAGCUGAGGAAAAAAACUGCUCCUUGGCCAGCCUUUGGGUUGUGUCCGUUUACCCCAAAUAAUGUAGUUCAGUGGAAAUAAACAUGUGAGCUUUUCCUGGGCCCCAGACCGACUGCUUGGCCCUGAUUAGGAUGGACAUCUGACAGCUUCUGGCACCAGUCUGGCACGCUCUACUCUCUUCCUGCCCCAUCCAACCUAGAUUGGUUUCCCCACCUCAAGGGGUGUUCCCUCUGGUGGUUUUCACACUUGGAGAAAUCAUCGAAAACCAACAGCUUCAAAUCCAAUCAUUGGCCAUCUCCAACUGCUGAUGUUUCCUGAAAUUGAAAUGAAACAACCACCCCAGGAACCGCGAGAUGUCAUUAGGUUUCAGGUUUCCGUAGACUGGGCUAGAGUUGGGUUUUUUAGACAACUGGUCCACCGACAAGAGAACAUUAAACAAUUCAUUUGUCCACUGA